AGGUAUCACUGGACUGGAUUUGCACGAGCGUCUGCGUCAUAGGGGACUUACUCUUGGCCAUGAGCCAGACUCGUGGGAGUUCUCGACACUUGGCGGAUGGAUUGCAACGCGUGCGUCCGGAAUGAAGAAGAACACGUACGGGAACAUUGAAGACUUGGUAGUAAACAUCACGACAGUGACGCCACAAGGAACGAUGCAACGUGCUGCUAACGUGCCUCGUGCUGCCCUUGGACCGGACAUGAACAACGCUAUGAUGGGCUCAGAGGGGAUUUUUGGAGUGCACACGUUGGUGACGCUGCGUCUUCGUGAGUUUCCCACUGUGCAGGUCUACGACUCGCUCAUCUUCCCGAGUCUUGAGCACGGACUUGCAGCAUUAAAGGAGAUCACGCGUGCUGGAUGCGAGCCAGCAUCGCUGCGUCUACUGGACAACACGCAGUUCCAGUUGGGUCAGGCACUUAAGACGUCGUCUACGACCAACAAGUUCACUGCUGGGGUCAUCGACUUUGCAAAGAAGACGUACGUGACUAAGAUCCGUGGCUUCGAUGUGGAUGAAAUGUGUGCGGCUACUGUUCUGCUUGAAGGUACGAGUCAACAGAAGGUGGCAGAACAGCAGAAGCGCAUCCAGACGAUUGCCAAGCGUCAUGAAGGUAUGGUUGGAGGCGAAGAGAACGGCAAACGCGGUUACUUCUUCACGUACAUCAUCGCGUACCUACGUGACUUCGCUCUGGACUAUUAUUUCAUGAGCGAAUCGUUCGAGACUUGCGUUUCCUGGACAAAUGCACGUCAACUCAUCACCGACAUCAAGCUGGCUAUCAACUCUGUGGCUGCCAAGCGUAACGUCAAGAUUCCACCGCUUAUCGCCUGUCGUAUCUCCCAAGUUUACGAUACUGGCGUCUGUGUGUACGUGUACUACGGUAUCAACUACUUCCGCGUCAAUGAACCCAUGACACUCUUCCGUGAAACGGAACUUGCUGCUGUGGACGCCAUCGUACGUAAUGGCGGUGCUCUAUCGCACCAUCACGGAGUCGGCAAGCAUCGUCUUGCCUGGCUGCCGGCAGCAAUCUCACCUCCAGCCAUCGCAGCCAUACAGGGGAUUAAGAGUGCACUGGACCCUACAAACGUGUUCGCAGUGACCAACCUGCAACCCAACAAGCACGUUGAGAACUAGAUUAAUAUUUUCAUAGAUAAAAUGUUAAGAAAAUGUGGUG